AUGGACGUGGACAUAACGCUCUCCCAGGAACGGACAGCAGCUCUGAACCAACUCUAUCGCGCAAUUGUCACUUCUUCGGAGCCCCUGCCAGACACUGUUUUCGCCUUGAAUAUUCAGGAUCGGCCGAUGGCCCAAUCAUGGUCAUAUGCGCGUGCAGCAGAUCCGACGGCCACCAAGGCAGGGGACUUUCUCAUGCCACACUUUGCUUUUUGGGCAUGGUCGCUCAAGUAUAUUGGAUCCAUGGACCGGGCACUGACUGCGAUCACCGAGAUCGAAACAAAUCAGACCUUUCAGGCCAAGAUUCCACAAGCGGUCUGGCGCGGGACACCUUGGUUUAAUGAUGUGCAAAACCACGAUCUGCGCAAGCGACUAAUUCAGGUUACCACAGGCAAACCAUGGGCGGACGUACAAUCCUUGAAAUGGGAAACCAACGGCCAGGCGGCGAGUAACGGACUGGCCAUUGAGGACUUUUGUCGGUACAAGUACAUCAUCUACACAGAGGGGGUAACCUACUCUGGACGGCUGCUCUUCCAUCAGGCUUGCCGCUCCAUCAUUCUGACGCCGCCCAUGGCGUGGAUGCUCCAUACCACACAUCUCGUGCGACCGGUCUUUUCGAGCACAUUAUUGCAAACAGAACCCAGUUUGGGGCCUCCCCAUCAGUCGGAUCGCAUCAAGCGUGCCUGGCCAACUGAUCUCAAUGCCGACAAUGCCAAUCUGGUGAUGGUCUCGCCGGACUGGUCCGACCUCGAGGCUACCAUCGCAUGGUUGGAGAAUCAUCCAACAAUGGCCGAGGGCAUUGCAGAUAGACAGCGUGAGCUGUUCUACGAGGAAGGAUAUCUGAGCCCUGCCGCCGAGACAUGCUACUGGAGAGCAUUGAUCAGGGGCUGGAGCAAAGUGGUUGAGCCAGAGGGCAGUGAGUGGAGUGAACAGGGCGUCAGGUGGGAGCUUUUUAGUCUUGGGGAAUUCUAA